AUGACUCGUUAUGAUUUGACGGGAGAUGGAAGAGUUGAUAGUCGAGAAUUGAGGACCGUAGCAUAUAUGAAUCACAAACUUCCGCCAACAAUUAGCGAUAAUAUAUUUCUGAAAGCGGAUCGAAAUAGCGAUAAGUUUAUUGAUCGUACUGAAAUUAUUGCAGCCGUUCGACUAAUUCAAAGACACGUUGAACAAGCUACCUUGCGCUGGCUAGAGGAUCAUGAUACAGAUGGCGAUGGCUUACUAAACGAAGCCGAAGUAUUCGAAUCCAUUUAUAUGGAGCUUGGUUUAUCAACGAAAGAUGUAAGUGGUUGUUUUCGAGAAAGUGAUGUCAACAAAGAUAAAUAUUUGACAUCGAACGAACUGAUAGAAAUGCUUCAUUGUAGCAGAUUAUUGGCAUUAAAAGAAGCAAAGGAACUAUUGAAGAUCUAUGACACUGAUGGAGACCAUCGAUUGAAUAUUCAAGAAGCGCAAAUGUUGGCUGACUUACGUUACGAUAUUGAACCCAGCUAUGCAACAAUUGUUUUUGAAGGUAUUAGUCAUCGAGCCGAUCAUACGAUAAAUGAGUUGGAGUUAAUCGACUUUCUCACUAAACUACGGGAAAAAGCUGCUGUUGCUGCGCUAAACAAACUAUCUAGUCUUGACCAGAACGGUGAUGAGGCAGUAUCGUUCAACGAAUUAUUGCAAGAAUAUGAGAAGCAAUUAAAAAAACCCGUUUUAAAGAAAAUUUUCAGCAAAGUUGAUGUCAAUAAGAACGCUCAUAUCGAUCCAAUCGAAUUUGUGUCGUUGCAGAACUUAAUUGCUGACGAAAUUCAUCUUCAAACGAUACAAAAUGAUUUUGAACAACAAUAUUUUAUAAAUAAAAAUGCCACAACAUCUCUGCCGGCUUUGAUUAUUUUCAAUACUUCUAAAAAAAUGCAUAAUGAACAACUAUCCAAGCAAAGAAAACGUCGUUCAGAUCCAGAAGCCGAUGACACGAAGUUCAUAGUUAAUGAUGAAUCACAUCCAGAUAUCAGAAAACUGACUGCAUCUAAUGCAAAUAAUGUACAUUUCAGUACAUUUGUUACCGCAGUACCGAAAUUUAUGAAAUCGAAUGACGAAUAUGAAAAAUUCCUCUCCGGUGGAGCCAAAUUGAUUUCCGAAAUAUUCACCAAUAGUAAAAAACCAGAGAACAGAGAUGUAAUUGAAACCAACGAUAUUAAAAAAAUUCAGGAAAAUUCGGUUUCUGAUGAGAACAUUUCACCGUUUGUGCUACCAAUGAUGCAGAAAGAUCGUGAACUUAUGUCAGUAGUAAAUGAAGAUCAACUGCAAACUCGUUCAAAAACUGAUGAGAAUGGACAUGUUGGAAAUCAGAAUGGAACGCUUGCUAAUGGUCCAAACGUUGCUUAUAUCAACAAAUUUGAAAAAUUUUUUGAUUUUCUGCAAAAGACCAUCAAAAAGAUAUCGAAAGCAGUUAAAGAAAACAAUGAAAAGCAAGAAGGUUUGAAAAGUCCUCUGAGAAGUAUUAGUAUUAUUAAGCAUUCAAAUCAGGUUGCAGACAACAUCUCAAAUACUGAAAUAGGUGAGAUGAAGAAAACAACAAAUGUUUCCGAGAAACUGAUCCCAUUCUCGACAACUGGUGAAAAAUUGAAAAUAUCAGGAAAUCUUAGUAAUGCGACUUACAAAAAGAUUUAUAAUGAGGAGAAUUUAAUUGUUCACACGCCUAUUGACGAAUCAGAAUAUAAGACAGUAGUAUCGAAAAAGUUUAACGGAUUAUUCGAUACAGCGUUUUUGCAGCUUGACGAAAAAGAAAAUAAAAAAAAAGUAAAAGUGAUAAGAUAUGAAGGAAUUGAACAUGAAUUUAACGAGCGUAAUUUUGAUGAUGCAGUGGAAAAGAAUGUGGAUGAAAACGGCUGCAUUUUAGAAGAUCAAACGGAUUCCUCUGAUAUGGACGAUUCUUCGGAAGAAUCGAUUAGAUCAGUAAAACUGUAUAAAUGCAAUGUGCAAACAUGGACAUCAAAUGAAACUACCGAACCGUUGCAGAAAAUCCCAAAGGAAUUUGAAAAAGCAAAGUUACAUUCUGAAUCUAGCAAGGAAUCUGAAAAACAAAAGAAACGAAGGCAAAAGUUACAGGAUAAAUCUUCAAAUAAAACCGAUUCAUUGGAAUACGAAAUAACUCUACCACUGUUACAGAAUAAAUCAUCAUCUGUUAGCGAUAAAGUGUAUUCCGAGCAUGACAAUAAUGAAGCUACUGAAAUUACUCCUGAUAACGAAAGCAAUGAAGAGUCCGAUGAAUUGUCUGAUGACAAAAUUCCUACAAAACAUAUAAAUUCCAGUGAGUCAUCAAAACAUGGAUCUAUAAAUGAACCUGAUAACUCUAUUCAUCAGUCUCUUAACUCUCGACCCACUGAUAAUCAUGAUGCUAAAUUGACGAGAUUUGAAAAACUUUCUAUUAAAACAAAGGGAAAAAAAUUAUCAUCGAACAAAACAAUGACUCUGGACGAAAAAAAAUUAUUAAAUAAUGAAUUUGGAUUACCAUUGGCAGUGGAUAAGAAGUCUAAAGGAUAUAAAAUUUCGGAAGAAAAUCCAAUAUUUUCAGUGGAAGAAAAUGUCACUAACAAACAUGGUCAGAAAGUACAAUCACAAUUACAAAUGACUACUGAUUCUCAACUUCCAGAAUUACAAAAUCCAUCUUCAGAACAAACACAAUUGCAAGUUACAGAUCCCAAAUCUCAAACAGGGUCGAAUAGCAGUGAGGGAAAUGAAUUUUUUGAUGAAGUAUUAAGUGAUACGUUGAAUGCAACAUUUUCCGUAAUACAUCAAACAUCUAUGGCUUCUAAAUCUACAAAAUUCAAAAAUCACAAGAAUGAUUCUCAAAAAACUAUGAAGCCUUUGUUGAAAUUAGAAAAAAAUGAUACAGUUUCACAGAUUUCAAAAAUUUCCAUGACCUCAGCUUUACUUUCGAAGAUGUCAUCAACUUCACCUUCAUCUCCGGAAAUAUCACAUUCAGCAACAACAAAUCCUAAUCCUGAAUUCUCAAUAAUGAUGAAUUAUUCCAAUGAUGAAACAACUGCAACGGAAACUUCUUUAUCAACAGAUUAUAAGAAUGAACAAAUACCAGAAGUGCGGACAAUUAUUGAAAUUGAAUCUGACAAAAUUAAUCAAACAUUCAUAGCAUCUAAUGCAGUGACGAAUUCUGCAACACAUUUGGAGGAUAAGAAUGAUACAUAUGACGUAUCGGAUAUGGAAAGAGAUAGAAAAAGUAAUGUCACAGUUGAACAUAAUACAGAAGUGGAAUUGAUCCAGAAGAAGCGCAAAAAUUGUUCAAAUCAUCGUCAAAGUUCUCAAAAGAAAUGUCUCAAUAAAAAUAAUACAUUCGUGGAAGCCACAAAUUCAACAACAAAUAUAGCGCAAGUUUUUUGGCUUUUUAAAAAUAAUCUAAUGAUAAUUUACUAG